GUGCGUGCAGGCAGCAGCAACUGCUCGCAACCACAACAACGAUGGACGCGCACCCCAAGCACCAGCCUCAACAGCCUCGCUGCUGGCAGCGGCGACGAGGGCACACCACAUCAGCCCUCUCUGCGUUGCUGGCUCUGCUGUUGCUGGUGGUGGUAACAACAGCGCCGGCGGUGUGCACCCAAAGCAACUUGGUUAACGAGGCCAAUGCGUUGUGCAGGGAGGUGGACACCACGCUGAAGCAGCUUCAAACCACGUUGCAUGAACACAAGGUGCCAUUCAGAACAGCAACAGCACAGCAGGCACACGACCACGUGCUGCAUCCUCGAACUAAUCGUGACCCUGUCUUCCUCAACACAACACGUGAGGAGGCUGGUGAACGAGAAGGAGCCACAGUGACGAUUGAUCUGUCCUCCAUCCAACGCAUGAUGAACACCUUUGGGUGCGAUGCCGCGAAUGGUCAAAGCGAAGACGAAGAUCAACAGCACCAGCACCACCACCACCAGCAACAGCAACAGCAACAGCAACAGCAACAGCAACAGCGACACCACCAACACCAGCAGCCACCAACUGUCGCACGCAACCAGUCUGUGUCUCUGCCGACUCAGGUGGAAGGUGCUCGCAACAGCGAAGCGCACGAUGCCAGCCAUCCGCCACAACUCCAGCACCCGGAUCAGCACGCGCGCGUGCGGCGAAGUGAUGAUCCCACCGUGGAGGCAGGCCAGUGCACAUUGGCAAGCGUGACGGACGGCUCGUGCCCGGGUGCAGACAACAGAGGAAGGCUCACCGUAACGCUGCUCAGCCGGGACCGCGUGAAUGACAGCAGUACCGCUGCCGCACGCGCGCUCCACGCCAUCUCAUCCUCCGUACAGGUGUUGACGGUGAGCGGCCACGUUGAAGAGAAAUCGCUCCAGUGGUUGGUGGGGAGCGGCAACUGGACCUCGUGUACGACGCUGGUCUUGGAGGGUGUCCAGUUCCCCAUGCUUCAGUUGAGCAUGCUCAACCCGUUGACGCAGGUCCACACAAUCAUUGUGCGCGAUAGCGAGCUCCUGUACGACACUGAUACGCGCGGGUUUCAGCGCGCUGCGGCAUUGGGCAUCUUCCGCGUCAUGAACUGCUCACUCGCAGCCAUCCCCGACAUGUCAGCCAUGGCAUCCCUGAGAAUCCUCAACCUCAAGGCAAACCGCAUCCAUGCCGUCAGCAAGACCGACAUGGCCGGGCUGAUAUCCCUGCGGCAGCUGAGUUUGCGCGGGAACGUGAUUUCACAACUGGCACACGGCACGUUUGACGACCUCACACGCCUUCAGACGCUGAUCCUGGCUGCAAAUGACAUCAACAGCCUCCCUGCAGGCCUCCUCCGUCCUCUCACCCAGCUCACCGUGCUCCAGCUUCAACAGAACCCCAUCACGAGCCUCGACGCUGCCGCCCUCGGCUCCCUGUCGAUGCUGGGCCACCUCACUAUCGAGAACACGCUUCUCGCCAGCUUGCCACCGCUUUUGUUCAGCAAUACGACGCGUCUCGUUCGGCUGGAACUGGCAAAGAACUUCAUCACUUCCCUUCCAGACACCAUUUUCUCCGGCCUGACGUCCUUGGAUUGGCUGCAGGUGUCGGAGAACCGACUCACAUCCCUGCCACCGCGCGUGUUCCAGGACUUGACAGCGGUCACGUUCCUCGAAUUGCUCAACAACGACAUCUCUGCUCUGCCCGAGGGUGUUCUGGACUCGUGCACGCGUCUGCUUUUCUUCCAGUGUAACUACAACUACCUGACCAAGCUCCCCACAAACCUCUUUGCCAACAAUCCCGGGCUGCGUCAGGUUUCGUUUGUGGACAACGCGCUGGCCACAAUCGAUAACGUUCUUGCAGCGGCAGCGCUCACGUCCCUGCGGUUCUUGGACAUGGCUGGAAACCAGCUCACCGAGCUGCACUUGUCACGCGAGUUACCGACAUUGCGUGGUCUUGACUUGAGCAACAACCCCAUGCAGGAGCUUCCAGACCUUACACAGACGCCCGCCCUGAGAAUUCUUCGCCUGCAGAACCAUCACAUCAGGCGCAUCGACUUGGCGCCACUCCUGACGCUGCCACUGCUGCAAGUUCUCGAGCUGGACGCAUUUCCAAAGUCCAAGUCCGAAGCGAUUUUCACGAGCACCAGCGUGGCCAGCAUUGCGCCCCUGUCCACGCUUCGGCUCAACAACGUGGUCAUCAGCAACGUUGUGCCCUCCUUUGAGAAUCUGCCGUUGCUGGACCUGGCUGCCCUGCACGUGGGGUGGCCCGGUGCCACUAGCGACACGCUCCCCCUUAGCGCCAUUUGCAAGGUGCUUGCAAGCAACGUGCGGGAGCUCCGCAUCGCCAACACGGACUACAGCACGAUUGACCUGUGCCCCGAAAAGACGUUCGAAACGCUUCUUCUCACUGACAACAAACAGCUCCGAUCCAUCACUGUCCACAACUCGCUGCGUGAGCUCAACGUGUCCGGCUGCACCCAGUUGACCUCGAUUGAUGCCCCUCCCAUUGACAUUCUCGACAUCAGCGGUACCAACUACCCGCCAAACAGCGCACUGUGCACGCGGUGGGGCCGCCGCAUGCUCUUUGCCCGGAACAGGGACGCAAUUAUUGAUGUGGAGCGUGUUGCCGCAACUGCACAGAGGUGCUUGCAACAGGUGGAAGUGCUAGACUUCUCAGGCAACCCAUGGCUGAGCCACCAAGCAGAGGUGAACCGCGUUGCUGGGAGAACGAUUGCCUUGUCGGACCAACCCUUCCUGACUGCUGACGGCGUGCCCCUUCCAAACCGGCCCGUUCCUCCGAUCCUCCAACUGUCCGGCGCGUCCAUUGACUGCGACCUGCAGCUGUCAACGCGAGACCUGCGGUCGGUACGCGACUCUUUUGCGUUGACACCGCAGAUUGUCUACACCUUCCACUGCACGUGCGCGCGCGGCUUCAAGAAGGGCGCCACUGGGCGGUGCGUGGUGGACGAGCCCAAUAUCGCUGGCGUUGCCGCUGGCUCUGUGAUUGGCGGCCUUGCCCUCGGCUUGCUCAUGGCGUGGCUGUCACGCCGCUACCGUGGCCUGACCAAGCGUAUCGACCUGCAGGAGCAGCUGCUGGUGGAGAGGGACGAGGAGGUGAUGGCGCUGAAGAGGGCGUGGGAGAUUGAGUACGAUGAGCUGAGGCUUGUUGAGCGUGUGGCCGCGGGUGCGUUUGGCGUGGUGUUCCAGGCAGAGUGGGACACAGUCACAGUGGCAGUGAAGGUGUUGCAGCAAGCCGUCAUGGCAUUUGACGAGAGCACGGUGCUUGAGUUUGAGAAGGAGGUGGAGUUCCUGCAGCGGACACGGCACCCGAAUGUGGUGCGGUUCUUUGGUGCGGGGACAGACCCCAACGGCAGCCCGUUCCUGGUGCUGGAGUUUGUGGCCAUGGGGUCGCUCAAUGGCCUAUUACAGAAGGAUAUGGGGAAGGUGUUGAUGGAAGUGAGGAGCAGGAAGGUCGAGGAGAGCAGCAACGGCAGUGUCAGGGAUGAUGUGAAUGGUGUGUGGGACUUGAAGCUGCGACUGCUGCGGGAUGUUGCCAGUGGCAUGGCCUUCAUCCACAGCCUCGACCAGAUGCACCGAGACCUGAAGAGCGGAAACGUGCUGGUGUCAUCAUCGCUGCGCGCCAAGAUUACGGAUUUCGGAUCCAUUCGCCAGUGCUUCGCACGUGGUGGCAGGGCCCACGGCAGCGGCCACACCCGCCUCUCCUCCAGCCACGUUGACGAUCCGCAAUACAGCCAGCAGGCUGGAUUGAAGACGAUGACUAACAUAACGCUCACGGCAGGUGUUGGUACACCCAUGUACAUGGCACCAGAGGCAUUGACGGGCGACAAGUACAGCUUUGAGGCCGACAUCUUCAGCUUUGGCGUGCUGAUGUGGGAGGUGGUGACCCAGCGACCACCGGAUCUGAUCGAGCAGGAGAAGGGGAGCGACUUCAGGGGACCACUGCUUCCUGCAAUCACGGAGCUCUUGAUGGAGGGCAAGCGGCUCAAGUUCGAAGACAGCGAGCAAGAAGCCAUUCCUGAGUGGUUCCAGUCGCUGACGUACAAGUGCAUGGCUCAGAACCCGCGUGAGCGCCCGUCGUUUGGAGAAUUGAAGGAUCACCACUUUGCAUAG